AUCAGAAUAGGUAGUGUCUGCCUUACCAGCUGAACAGCCAACUUCACUCAUCUUUCCCCGCAUUUCUGUGAGACACCGUCACGCCGUUCGAUCGGAUAGCCGACAACACUUUUACCUCCUUGAACGUUCACAAACAAGAAGACCAAAUUGAACUCCAUCUUCCUCCAGAAUGCCCCCCACUCCCCUUCUUCCGGGCGUCCCCAUACUCGCACGAGACAGCCCUGCAGCGUCUUCCCAAGCUCAGGGGCACCCAGAUCUCAUGGUCCAUCACACCCAUGGUGACGGACUGUAUGUAGUUUUCCCCACGAUCAGAGACGUCUACUCACUUGCCUACCGUCUCAUGCCGACCUGCUCUGCAAAUCACAGCCUAUUCGACUGCCUCUCCGUCCUCACCUUCAACCUCAACCAACACCAACAUCGGCAUAGCGAUAACAACACACAGCCACAGAAAACCAUCCUAGCAGGAAUGUCCUCCGACAGCCAACUCGCCGCCCUUGUCUUUCAGCACGCCAUUGCCUGCGGCACCAACCAUCUACGGCGUUUUCCUCCGCUGUCUCCCGUCAUUAACGACGCCUUCAGCGGCCUGGAUCCUUACAUGCCGCUGCACUUUCGGUUACUGCACACCAUCGCCUAA